GUCAUCAUCAGCAGGAAACAGGUUCUUUUCUUUUCUUCUUCUAAACUAAACUAUGCAAAUGCGCUGCUGAGAAGGGGACUUCUGUUUGUGUGUGUCUCAGAGAGGGGGGCUGUUUUAAGUUCAGUUAUUUUACCAUACGGACAUCGUACAUCCAGAUGAACUGCGGCUGAUUUCUGGUCCUCUGUUAUGUCCAACGUACCGAUUCCUCACACUUACAACGGAAGGUGCAUCAUGACCUCUCUCUGGGUCAUUGGCCUGUUUCUGAUUGGCGACUGCAUUUCCACGUCCAGUCCGUUGAAGGCUAAAGAGGGCUCCUGUGUGAAGAUCUUGAUUGACAUGAAGAUUCCGAUGCUGGGUGGAAAUGUUGUCUGGUUGAAGAACGCAACAUGGAAUUCAACUUCAAACGAUUUUGAGGGCACUGUUGUGUACAACCUCAAAGCUGACAAACCUGCUGCGAAGGAAUUUGAAAACCGAGUAUCCGUGGGCACCAGUCCGGAUCGUACGACCUCCCAAUUGACCAUCAGUAAUUUGAGACUGGAGGACAAUGGAAUAUACUUGGCUAGAUAUUAUACAAAUGAACAUCAAUGGGGCAACAGUAACAUGAGUCUUGAGGUUGAGAAGAACCCAUGCCAGGUUAGCGUUUCUGGGCCGGAGCUCGUCCGAAGUGGGGAGACAGUGCACCUGCAAUGCUCCGUCUCAGCAGCCUGUGAGGACAGACCAGAGUGGGCCUGGUCAGAGUCAGCUCAACUGCCAUCCAGUUCAUACUCCCAGGAUGGCAAAACAGCCAAGCUCAGCUUCCCGGCCCUCUGGUCACAUGACGGGGUGACGUUCACCUGUAGUCCGUCAGGGAGCAAGGGUGCUUGUGUCGGCAGGAGCAUCAAGCUGACCGUGAGAUAUUCGCCCAUUACCACGGCGGACUCUUAUGAUCCCAGCAUAAAGGAAGGGCAUGCUGUCACGUUCACGUGCCACAGUAAAGGAAACCCCCAGCCCACAUUUCGCUGGUUUAAAGUGGGCCGAGGUGAAACUACCCAGGAAAGAGAGUGGACACUAAACAGCGUCACAGCUGAAGACGCUGGGAGAUACUUCUGCCAGGCUACAAACGACCUGGGAGUUAAAAACUCAACGGUCGUUACACUCGAUGUCAUAUAUGCUCCGAAAGGGGUCAGUGUAUGGACGGGCAAGGCUUCGGACUCGGUCAGAGAAGGGGAGAGAAUCAGCUUUACCUGCAAAGUCCAGAGCAGCAAUCCACCAGCGUCAUACUCCUGGUACAAAGACUGGAGCCAGCUGGGCUGUACUGACCGAGAGCUCAAUCUCACAGACAUAAAACUCCAGGACACAGGCCACUACCACUGCCGUGCCACCAACUCUGUGGGUUAUAACAACUCCCCAAACGUCCAAAUCACUGUCCACUAUGGACCCAGAGACACACGCAUUGUGGCCAGUGAGGGAGGGGUGAAGGUCGGAUGGAGCCUGACUCUGACCUGCCACGCCGAGGCCCUUCCCGAGCCGAACAGGUACACCUGGUUCCACGCGCUUCCACUGACGGGUGGGUGGACCGAGGUGCCGGCGCCUUCAAACAGACCGUCUGACCGGCGAGCCCUGAGCUGGGAGCAGAUCAGUGUCGGCGAUGCUGGAGAAUACAUGUGCCAGGCUGGCAACAAGAUCAGCGCUAAAAACUCCACCUCGCAUCGCGUAUAUGUGCUGUUCUUCACUUGA